AUGCCUAAACUUCCAUCGCUCAAAUUACCUCUGCUAACUUCUCAGGGAGUACCAAGCACGUUUUCAUCUUUGAAUGUUGGCCAAAACAUGCCUGCUCAAAUCCCUCCACAGACUCUUCCGAUUCGUCUGCUUCCAAAUAACCUACUAUUUAUGAACAAUCAGCCUGUCCAUCAAGGUGUCACGUCAGAAAUUGAAACGGCUCCUUAUAAGCCAGUACUGACCAUUCAAGGAGUAUCCUCUAUUUCGACACAUAAGCACACCGAGGUUGACUGGAAGCAGUCCAUGGAAUCCAAAAUCAAUCUGUUUGAUUCCAAGUUCAAUGAGUUGAUUGAUACACUCCGAGACAACCAACGUCAGUUGGCCGCGGAGCGGGAACUUAACCAGCAAUAUUCCGCUCAAAAUGACCGCAUGCAGCGUGAAAUCCGCAACAUCAGUCUCCAGAUGUAUCAGAGUCGUUCCACAACUCCUAUGACUCUGGACUAUAAUGAUCUCAAGAGACCAUUGGCUGACUCUAAUCCGGAACUGACCAAGCGGUUGAAAAGCUACGGAGAAAACGAUUUCAGAAACAAUGUUAUCUCUAUCGAUGAGGCACGAUUAUUGUUUUCAUAUUUCGACUCCAACAUUUCUCAGCAGCUUUUCGGCUUCGAGAUUCUGAAGUUCUCCGUUGACUCCAUCUGGGAGACCUCUCCUAUUCUCAUAUGUGCUAUUUGCACCAUUGCAUCCAUGCAUUAUCCCGACAUUCAUUUCUCAUCCAAGCAGGAGCCUUUACAAAAAUACUUACAGAAGCUCUGCUCUGACCUUCUUUUCCAAGGAAAGCCCAGAACAGAAAGAGAAGGGUUCAAUACCAUUGUUGCUCUAGUUCUCUGCAGCUUUUGGCUCUCGGAUUCACAGCGAUUUACAGGCUUGGCCUUGCAACUAGCUAAAGAAUUUGAGAUGAAUAAGCCUACUUCGUCAAAAUCCAAGGACUCCUUGCCAGACAAGGACAGACUCAAACUAUGGUACUUGCUUUACAUCCUUGAUGGACAACAGAGUAUGAGUUUUAAUCGUCAAUCACUCAUUAAUUCUGAUGAUUACUCACUCAGACACAGCCGUGAGCUAUUACUACCCAGCAUACUGAAGCCCACGUUGAAGUCCACACACGACACUGUCGAGUCUGACUUGCCCACCCAGAAAAAUGGAGGAGAACUCAUUAGCAAAGACAAGUGUGAGGCAAGGCGUGGUGAAUUGACAGCAAACUUUACAGAUUUCAGACUAGUUUCUCAGGUGGAGUAUAACCAAGCAUUGAAUGAAGCUUUCAAAGGAAGUGCAUGGGACCUUAUCGCUCCAUCAGCUUUUGGCAUCCCGUCAAAGUCUAAUUUAGACUUGGACAAGUGGAUGGUUUCCUGGACAGUGCUAUUGGCUCCCAUAAAUAAUGGUUCUGUGUGGCUGUCCAAAUCAACAUUGAUUUACUACAACUUUGCAAAGAUGCACAUUAACAGUUCGCUUAUACGGCAAUUACAAGUGGACACAGGUGAUUCGAACGUGAUGUUCCCCAACUGGGACAAUAUCGAUUCUGUUCUAGAAAAGAACAAGGCAAAUCAAGUGAAAGAAGUCUCUCUAGAAGAAGAAAAUGACAGCGCUGAAGAAGAAGAUGAUGAGGAAGAGGAAUUUAUUCAUAACAAUGAAAUCGUAACCCAGGAUCAGGCACUUCUCAACAUGAACAUUGCAAUGAAUGCAGCUAAAACAGUUCUCAAUCUAGUGUUAAACGAUGCCGACAUUUUGAGCAACUUGAAGUAUGUUCCGGUUCAUAUCCACAUUAUGUUAUACUAUGCUGCCUUGUUAUUAGUGAAUCGUCGUAUCACAAAUGGCAAUAAUGAGGCACCGAGAGAUUCUGACUUUUUCCAAGAGAAUAUUCACAACUUGAGAACUGUUAAAGUGUUGCAGAAGAAAAUAUCGGUUAACUUCCCUACCGACAAGCAUUUUGGAGAUCGACUCAUCAAGAGCUUAGAUAACGUUUUCGUUGAGAGACUUCGCAGAUUGAGAAACGAAUUGAACGAGGCGGACUUGGACGUCUCCGUUAAGGCCGAUUUGAUGAACGAAAUUUCUAUCAUGCUUUAUUCAAACAGUCCGUUGGAAAUGGUUCCGGACUCGACGGAUGCAAGCAGUCAAGAAGCGUCUCCAAAACCGGAGAAGAUCUCUGCAUGGCCAGGUUCUCACCAUGGACAUCCUUAG